AUGUCUGACAACGAUGACCUAGACCAGGUCCUAGGUGACCAGUCGGGCCUGGGGGAUGUGGCGGGAGCUGGAGGUGGGGUGGCAGACGAGCCAGGGCUGGUGGGGGCCGGCGCCCCUGGGGUUGUUCAGGAGCAGGGAGUCCCUGCGGGCUCCGGGGCUCCGGCCCAGGAGGUCCAGAUGAGUGGGGAGGAUUCAGAUAUCGAGCCGGCUGAUGAUGAGGAGGGGGCCGCCGUCGAGGAGGCCAACCGGCCUGGGGUGAUCGACGCCUACCAGUUCCCUAUGGCCGACUUCCGCUUAGAAUUCUUGGGCCUGGUCCACUCGGUGCUGCGCCGCCUCUACUACCACAACCACAUCCUCAUGUGGCCCCGCGACAGCCCCAACGGGCUGCGCCAGCCCCACGGCGGCAGAAACAGGAGCAGGAACCAGGGCAGCGGCGACAGGGGAGGCAGCAGAAGCGGCUGGGCCCAGGGCCAGUCCAGGGGCGCCGGUGCCGGCGAGGGCCCUUCCUGGGGCGCCUUGUCCCAGCUCGAGGACGCCCCGAUCCAGGGUCCCGCCCCGAGGCCCCGAGAGCCCACCAACCAGAUGCACCAGGCCCCGGAGCCAGAGCAGCCCGAGGACGCCUCCCACCAGGCCUCAGCACCACAGCUCGAAGCGGCCCAGCCUGGGCCAUCCCAGAUCCAGUGGGCGGCCGCGCAGCAGGAAGCAGCUCAAUAUCAGCCUGAAAACUCUGAUGAAGAGGCCCCCAAACCAGGAGAUGAGGAGGAGACAGAAGCAGAGGGGGAAACCGAGAAAGAAGCAGAGGAGGAAACUGAGCAAGAAAACGAACAAGAGCCCCAAAAGAGUCUGGAUGCUGCAGAGGGAAGGCCCGGAAAUUCCAGGUAUCUAUAA